CAGCUGUAAUGACGCGUUGACUUGGUCUCCAACUCGGCAAUAUCCAUUCGACCAUCAAGGAUUUACAUUUUCGAGCUUCUCUGAUCGCGAGAAAUCGACUGAUAUCUUGCAUUCUCUCCGCGACAAUGGCGAUUCUGUACACAAGGAUCGGAUUCCUUCUCUUUGUCUUCCUUGUGUCUUCUUCAUUAUCCGUCUCCUUGUCUCUCUCCUUCUCUCCUCCCGACGAGUACCUCGUCAACUGUGGCUCCGACGUUGACUCCACCGUCGAUAACCGCCGUUUCGUCGCCGACACAUCAUCGAAAGUGAAGUUCUUCUCAUCUGAAGGAUCAGUGGCUCUCCAAGGAGAAGAUCUAGCUCCGAACGUUCCCCAGAUCUACCGGACGGCUAGGAUUUUCGCGAGACAGGCGAAAUACGAGUUCGAUGUCGGCGAGAAAGGGACUCAUAUGGUACGUCUCCAUUUCAAUCGGCUCAAUUCCUCUAAGAUCGAUCUCAACGACGCUGAGUUUCACGUUUCCGUCAACGGCCAUGUCGUGCUUAGGAAUUUUAGCGGCGGCUCCGAUUCUGGAUCUAGGGUUAGGGAAUUCCUGAUUUGGGUCGAUGUCGGAGAGGUCGUUAUCAGGUUGGUUCCUAGUAGAGAUUCGAAAUUAGCAUUCGUUAACGCCAUCGAAGUUAUAUCUGCGCCUAAGGAUUUGAUCGCAGACGUUGCAACCUCUGUAUCUCAUGAUGGAACAACUGGGAAAUUCAAUGAUUUAGCUAAACAAGCCAUGGAAGUGGUCUAUAGAAUCAACGUUGGAGGUAGAAAAGUUACUCCUUUUAAUGACACGUUGUGGAGGACUUGGGUUCCUGAUGAUGAAUUCCUCAAAACCGGCGGUGAUGCCUCUGAGAAAGCUUACUUCACCGGUAGGAUUAAGUACAGGCCCGGAGGUGCGAGCCGGGAAGUUGGUCCUGAUAACGUCUACAACACUGCCCGUGUGGCUAAAAGAAGCAACAGUUUGGUCGAUAUGAGUUGGAUUUUCCCGGUGAGCACGGGUUACAAAUAUCUUAUCCGGAUGCAUUUCUGUGACAUAGCUAGCAAGUCACUUAAUAUGCUGUAUUUUAACGUUUACAUCAACGGGAACUUGGCGUAUCAGGACUUGGAUAUCUCAUACUCGACGGGUUACGUCCUUGCUUCCCCUUACUACAUUGACUUCUUGGUUGAUUUCAUCAAGAACCCUUCAGGAUCGUCGUCGAUUACUGUAAGUGUUGGACCAUCAAACAAGACUAGCGUUGAUGAACACGUGGUUGAUGCGAUGUUGAACGGUGUUGAGAUCAUGAAGAUGAAUAACUCGAUGGGCAGUCUUGAUGGGUUUGUCUCAACGGAUAUGAUUCUGAGUUCUUGCCCAAAUAGAAGAAACCUGAGCAUAUUCAUCGCAAUGUUGGCGUUUAUGUGUAUAUUUAUGAGCUUUUACAUUGUGGCUCAAAGGAAGAAAGUUAGGGAUGACUUCGGCUGGACCAAGCUGUCCAUGGACGUCCGUCAAGAUUAUCCCAAGUCCGGGAAUCAAUUUGCAGCAAGAAAGCCUUGAUCAUGCUUUUUGCUUGUUUGGUUGGGUAUAUUAACAGUUCUUUUUCCUCGAGUAUUUUCUACUUCGAUACGACGAUGAUUUUUUUUUUUUUUUUUUAAAAUUAGUUUUGUAAUGUUUGACAAGGGUGUUAAAAAUGUAUUGUGAUAUUGUUUAUGUAUAUGUAUCUGGUAUAUUUAUUCGACGAUCUAUGGAGAGACUCGAGUUAUGUAAUUCACGAAAUGGAACUUCUUUCUUUUAUGUUCA